CUAAUCGUCAAUUUAUGUGUGUGCGUCGCGGAGUGCAGUACGAAAUAAAUCCGCGAGUUUUGUGUAUCGGAAGUCGGGUGAAAAACGGUCUGAAAACAAGUUUUCUUUCUUUGGAAGCAGCGCCAGCCAGCCUCAAGAUGUCCGAUGAAUCAACCCAGCCAGGACAAAGUAAUUAGUUUGGGUCAUCCACAAACAUUCGGACGCAAGACGAAUCGAUUGGUGGGCUUGGAUAUUGCGUUGGCCCCUCGCGAGAGCCCGCUCACAUGCAAUGUCUGCUUUCGAUGAACUGAAACGUCUAAGCCCGAUCGACGAACUGAAAUCUCCCACGGUGCACGUGAUUCGUGAGGUAUACGAAGGCGAAAAUGCACACGAAACGUUUGAGCAGGAGCUGGACAAGGCUCUGUAUGCCAAAGCGGACUACAUCAUCAUUGAGCCGUCGCGACUGGGCGAAGAAACUGGACGAUGGAUUGCAGUUGGAAAUUGCCUACACAAAACAGCGUUCCUCAGCGGAUUGGCAUCGGUGGCGGCCGGACUGAUUUGGCGCGACAGGUUAGCAUUCUGUGCACCCCUAUGUGCAGUGUCGGUGUUUUGUACUGGGUUGUACACAAUAUCCUGGUCCUGCGAUCCCUGUGUUCAAUAUCAAGUAGAAAAAAAUCCUAAAAGUUUGUCCAAAAUUCCCAACGUGAACGACUUCUCGUCGCCAAUAGUGUUAGUUUUUACCAGCAAUAAAUGCUCCAAAUAUAGCCACAGGGUGGUGACACUGCUGGCAGCUUCAUACUGCGCCUGGCGUGUCUACCAGCUGUUCAAGUGAAUCUGCGAGGUUUGUAUUUAACGGAAGGCGUUUUUCUGGGAUUGGUAUUAUACCGAUAGGGUACCGUUUCGCCAAGGCUUAAAACCUUGUGUAUCGAAAUUUGUUUGAAUUUAUUAGGGAACCGGUUUUUAUUUCUUAGAAUUGCAUGAGGAGGAGAAUGAUUUGCAUAGCUUUCUCAACUGAAUAGGAUUAAACCAUCGUUUUUAGGUACCUGCAGUAAGCGCAGCAAGGAAGGUAAAAGUGUCCGUAUUUUAAAAACUAUAGAUUCAUAUGACAGGCCAUCGCACUAUGAACCGUGACCUAAUAGAAGGUAUCGGUUUUCAGUGCAAACGUUAGGAAAAAGUCAAACUUUUUAAAUCCCAGCUACAAGCUUUCUUAAUUUAAUCAUGUUAAAAAAGUCGACUUUUUUUGCUUUAUGUAUCAAUAUAAACGAAUUCUCUGCGGUCAGUUAUUACCAAAGAGUGCACUCACUUUUACACUAAUUACUACGAAGGGAAAGACAUAUAGCAAGAUUAUACCAUGGCUGAUGAGUCAAUUUUUCAUUGAAGGCAAAAGUUUAGAAAGUAUUUUUUUUUGUUUUUGGUUUGAAGAAAUCUCAAUUAACCUAUGUGGGAAACGAAGUACGGAACUGUGAUCAAACGCCAGUCAGCGUGCGGGAAAAGACAUUGAUUCGAAUCGUAGGCCACUUGUUGUGAGAAUAGCUGCAUUCGGUGCGAAAUACUUCGGUGAGCAAACGGAAGGUUCUGCUGUAUUUUAUUUGAAUCCUCCCGUUUCACCCUCCUUUCCACAUCGGGUCUGCUUUUCUCCUGACGACUGCCUGUACAAUUAAGCUGAUAUCAUAUUGAUGUCGAUUGUGAUUGGGCCUAGCUCGUUCAUUGCUAAAUUAUUUCAUUAGCUACUCAGUAUGAUGACGAAACCAUCUGGAAAGCAGAUUGUUGACAAUCAAGCUAUCUUGUUUGUGCGAAAAUCGUAUCGUUUUGUUUACGUUAUAGAUAAAAGUAUAAAUCACUGCGAUUCGUUUCGUUCAACACUGAACACUACAGAUCAGGUCAAACGUGAUAUUAAAAGUGGAAGAACAGGAUGUUAUCAAUUAUCAUUUCUUCCUGCAUGCGGAGAGUAAGACAUAUAUCUACUAAAGUAAAGAGUGAACCAAUGCAUUUAAGUCAAGAGAUGUGGACAUUAAGCCAGGAUGGAAGAAGUUGGUCGUAAUACUUAGCUGCACAACUGUUCUAAGAGGAAGUAGGUUUCGAUUCUAAUUUUGCUCAAAUUUUAGUGCUUUUGGUUUAUUAUUUGGAUUCCUAUCCGAAUUAUAUUGUAAAGAUCAAUCAUAUUUUAUUACAGUUAUUCGCUUAGAACCCAUGUGAGAAAAUGAGAAAUCCAUAAAGUGUAGUAUUAUGUAUUACAAUAUACGAACUACGAAGGCAUGUUGAACCAUAACUCAAUAAAAUUGUGUAAAAAUUAAAAAAAAUAAAGCCAGAAUAAUCAUGUUAGAAGAUAAAUAAAGAAAAGUCUAGUUUUGCAAUAAAAA